AUGGAACACGUCAACAGGACAAUGGUUAGAGAAUUUGUCCUACUAGCGUUUUCAGAUACUGAUCAUUUUCAGAUUUUACUAUUCAGUAUAACUCUGUUGACCUAUAUAAUAUGUAUCAUGGGUAAUGCCCUUACCGUCAUCCUUGUAAGGCUAGAACCUUCACUGCACAAGCCAAUGUAUAUUUUUAUUACUACAUUUGCUGUCCUAGAAAUUAUGUUUGUUUCUGUUACAAUUCCAAGACUCUUAGAGAACUUGAUCACACAAAACAAAAGCAUAUCUUUUAUCGGAUGCUUUGUUCAGUUGUAUUCAUUCAAUGCCUUGGGAGAAACAGAAUGUUUCAUCCUUACCAUCAUGGUCUUCGAUCGAUACUUAGCUAUCCAUAAACCUCUACAUUAUUCAUCUAUUAUGACCCGCUCAUUUUGUGUACAGUUGGCCAUUUUCCCAUGGACAAUUGGUUUGUUUCUAUCUUUCAUUGUCACUUUCUUCACGGCCCGCAUGGAGUUUUGUGGCCCCAAUGAAGUCAACCAUUUUUUUUGUGACUUGGCUCCUCUCCAGAACUUGGCUUGCUCUGACGCCUUUGUCAGCAAUGUGGUGACAAGCUCUGCAGCCAUAUUCGCCAUUAUUAUCCCUUUCAGUAUAAUAAUGGGCUUCUACGUCCGUAUUAUAAUAACUGUGUUGAAGAUUAAGAGUUCUGAUGGUAAGAAGAAAGCCUUCUCCACUUGCUCCUCACAUCUCAUUGUGGCCAGUCUAUUCUUCGGGACAGCGUUUAUUGUGUACGUGAGACCUAAAGGCAGCCAGUAUGAUAAAUUCCUUGCUCUCAUAUACACUGUUGUCACACCAUUGCUUAACCCUUUCAUAUAUACUCUGAGAAACAGGGAUGUGAAGGAUGCCUUCUUAAAAACAAUUAGAAGUCUUCUAAAACAAGCUCUGAAAUAG